UUUCGAAUUUCAUCGUCGGUAUUUUUGUUUAUCAUCUUGACUGAAAUUCGGUGGAAUUUUGUGAUUUUUCCAUAAUUUUUAUGUAAUUUUAUCUCGUGUCGAGUUAUUAGUCUUUCAUUUUAUAAUACCACAAGUUGAAAAAUGGGUACCGCUAGAUACGAUAGAGCUAUCACCGUCUUCUCACCGGAUGGCCACUUGUUACAAGUAGAAUACGCGCAGGAAGCUGUCAGAAAGGGAUCUACUGCCGUCGGAGUUCGUGGCAAAGACGUCGUAGUCUUAGGAGUUGAAAAGAAAUCAGUCGCUAAACUACAAGAAGAGAGGACAGUGAGAAAAAUAUGUUUAUUGGAUGAUCAUGUCGUUAUGGCAUUUGCAGGUCUAACUGCGGAUGCUCGAAUAUUAAUUAAUCGUGCUCAAGUCGAGUGUCAGUCUCAUAAGCUAACGGUUGAAGAUCCAGUAACCGUGGAAUAUAUUACUAGAUACAUCGCCGGUCUGAAACAAAAAUACACUCAGAGCAACGGUAGAAGACCAUUUGGUAUUUCAUGUCUGAUUGCUGGGUUCGACUGCUACGAUGGUAAACCUCAUUUAUAUCAGACCGAUCCGUCCGGUAUUUAUUACGAAUGGAAGGCAAACGCCACCGGAAGAAGUGCUAAAACUGUUAGAGAAUUUUUAGAAAAAUAUUACACCGAAGAAGAAGUAUCAACUGAAAAAGGUACAGUGAAGUUGGCUAUUAAAGCUCUUCUUGAGGUGGUUCAGUCGGGGCAGAAAAAUUUGGAAAUUUCUGUGAUGAGACGUAAUCAGCCAAUGGAAAUGUUGGAAAGUGAUAUUAUCGAAACUUACGUUAACGAAAUCGAGAAAGAGAAAGAAGAAGAGGCCGAAAAGAAGAAACAGAAGUAAUGUUUUUUAAUAAGUCUGUUUCAUUUUGUUCUAAUGUAUUUGUUACGGUUGCCUUAAAAUAUAAUGUACUUAUUUGUAUCA